AUGGAGGGCGCGUCAGAAGUAUCAGACUCAACCGGUCUCAAUGGCUCGAAUGGGGCAGAUCCGCUCUCUGCGGAGCCUACUCUUUUACUUGACUACUUUGUCAACAUCCUUGAGGUCACCCUCGGCGCCAAACGACAAGAUUUAGAAUAUGAGGGCAGUCUACUUUCAAUAGAUUCUCGACAGCAAACCUUACAAUCAUGUAAUCGAUUUGCCAUAGAGAGCCAUCCCGCAAUCUAUGUGAUGAAAGAUGUUGUCGCACCAAAUACAGCUACAGAAGGUAUAUUAGAUACUUCAAAUUCAACGCUAUACAGAUAUACUCUAGCAACCUCAAUUUCAAUGACAGCAACCACUGUUGCGUUGUUAGCACUACUAAAAAGACCGAUCCCUAUAGACUUUUCACAACCUCUAUAUUCUCAGAUACAAAUAUUUCCUUUUGCUAGCACAGGAUUCGGGAAUACUACGAGUGGACAGGUUAACUCUACUGUCAGCCCUUUUGAGACUUUACAUUCAGCCUUGCAUCUUGCUCUUGCUCCAUAUUUCGAUGCAUACAUAAACUCUCAACAAACAAUAAAUGGGACUAGGGGCGGUCGGUCGGAUAUUGAGACUAAAACUGGAAUACCAGUCACAAAAAAGCGGAUAGCGGAACUUGAACUCAGCUUAUUACAUCUACAGCAGAAUGUUGAAAUUCCCGAGCUGAUACUGCCUCUCCACCCCGUAAUUCAGGUUGCAAUUGAUGAAGCUAGUGCUAAAGGAGUUAAGGCAUCCACCGAUCUCAUUAAUCCUUCUCUAUUACUCGACAGUACAUUUCUCAAUUCUUUGCAGUCACUUGUAAAUGGAUGGAUUAAAUCAAUACAAACUAUUACAAAAAUGUCAAGGGAUGCUUCUAGUGGAUCGGCAACUCAAGAAAUUAACUUCUGGCUUAACAUGGAAUCUGCGCUAGAACGUAUUGGUAACCAGCUUGGUGGGGAAGGUGUGAGGUUAACGAUGGAAGUUUUAAAGAUAGCUAAGCGGUAUCAAGCUACGGUUAGUUUUAGAAUUGAUACCGGACUUAACGAAGCGACCGACAAAGUUCAGAAGUAUAACCAGUUAAUGCGAGACUUUCCACUAGAUGAGCUCUUAUCUGCAACUUCCUUGCCAAAAGUGCAGGAAUCCCUCAACCUUAUAUUCACUCACUUUAAUAAGAAGCUCAGAAUAUGUCCAUACCCUAUUCGGAGGGCACUUCCCCUUGUCGAAGCAAUAUCAGCUGAUUUGAAUGCGCAAUUACAUUCCCUUCUACACGGUCGCUCAUUGAUGCACAUGGAAUAUCGAGAAUUUAAGACUCUUAUGGCGGCUGCAGGAUCUAUUUGGAAAGUUUGGGAUGAGAAUGUAAAAGAGUUUACUAAUGUGGCUCGAGAGGUUACCCGUCGACGAAACGAAAAGUUCAUACCGAUAAAAAUUAAUCCAAAGCACGUAGAGCUACAGGCUCGUCUAAAGUAUAUCAGUACCUUCCGCGAUAAUCAUGAGCAAUUACAAAAAACUAUAGUAUCGGUUUUAGCUCCCAGAAGCGAGGGAGGAGAAAGUAGUUUAAAUGAAAUUGUGUUAGUUGAAGAGAUGGGUGACGUAGACGCAGUCGAGGAGGUCCAGCAAGCAUAUGCUGCGCUGAACAAUGUUGAUCUACUUGAUGUCACCCCUGAAGGCACUACAAUAUGGGUUCAAGCUGAAAUGACCUACAAUGAGAGAACUUCUAGAGUUGAGAAUUCAAUUAUAGCUCGGCUUCGCGACCGUCUGGCUAUUGCGAAAACGUCAAAUGAGAUGUUUAGAGUAUUUUCAAAAUUUAACGCUUUGUUUGUUCGUCCGAAAAUUCGGGGCGCAAUCACUGAAUACCAAACGCAGCUUAUUGAAAAUGUUAAGCAUGAUAUAUCAUCCUUGCAUGAGCGAUUCAAGCAACAGUAUGGACAUUCAGAAGCUCACGCGAUGUCUCAACUUCGAGAUAUACCUCCAGUAUCCGGGGCAAUUAUUUGGGCUCGUCAAAUUGAAAGACAACUAAAUGGAUAUAUGAAACGCGUUGAGGAUGUCCUUGGUCAUGAUUGGGCACUGCAUUCCGAGGGACAGAAAUUGCAGAGUGAGAGCAACCUAUUCCGGAAAAAGCUUGAUACGCGUCCGAUAUUCGAAGCCUGGCUUCACGAUGUACAAAGAAAACAAAUCACAAUUUCCGGUCGACUCUUCAACAUCAACAAGGUACGAUCUGCAAAUUAUGCCCUUGAGCUAACUGUGAACUUUGACCCUCAAGUGAUAGCUUUAUUUAAGGAAACUCGCAAUCUGUUAUGGCUUAAUUUCGCCGUUCCCCAUUCUAUAAAUAACAUUUCAAAAGAAGCAAAAAGGGUCUAUCCCUUUGCAGUCAGCCUCAUGGAAACUACACGAACAUUUACACAAACUAGUCGGCAAAUCUCCGAAAUGGCCGAUGUCUCAAUUCUACUCAGCGGGUAUAAGAGUGAUGUACAAGCAUACAUCGCUAAAGGCAUACCAUUAAAAUGGGAGUCAUUCGUUAACACUUUUGAUUUACAUAUCAAGCAAUCCACAUUUAUGUCAAAUGGGGGGAUCGAUGGUACACACAGUAGCCGUAACGAGAGCAAGCAUAUACAAUUUGUUCGGGAACUAGCUGCUUCAGUGUCGUUAUUGCAGUCUAAAACAGUUACUCUGAACUCAAUCAAUUCCACAAUUCAAAAGGCCUUAAUGGAGUUAAACAAUUGUCCAUAUGAUACCAAUUCCUUCAAGCAGAGAUUAGAAACUGUUCAGAUAGCAGUUGAUCAACUUAAUCUAGAGAACUACGUGAAUCUUGCUUACUGGGUCAGAGACAUGAACCGCCGUAUUAAAGAAACCCUACUCCUACGAUUAAAACAGGCAAUAGUCGUCUGGAUCCAAGUAUUUGAAGAUGAACCUAGAGAAGGCGUCAACGAGGACAGUCAUAGAAAGCGCUUAUCCGUCGCUAACACACCUCUAGACGGAAGGAUGCCCACCUUGAAGCGACUAGUGCAUGAAGUUUCAAUGCGGAAUCAAGUAAUUUAUUUGGAUCCGCCUUUAGAUUUUGCUCGUGCAAGUUGGUAUUAUCAACUUCAAGACUGGAUUGGUGUUGUCUGUAAUCUUCGAAAGAUAAAAGCCUCCCGGUACAUAAUGACGUUAGUAGAUGGAUUUGACCCAGAUGAUCGGUUCAUCGACCUACCUGGAUCAUGCACCGUUAGCUUACUGCAAGCCCAUACAUCAAUAGAAAAUAAGAUUAAUAAGAUUAGCUCGUAUGUAGACAAGUGGCUACAGUUUCAGUCACUCUGGGAUCUUCAGUCUGAAAAUGUUUAUGAAAUUCUGGGCGACGAACUAUCGAAGUGGCUUCAACUUCUACAGGAAAUUAGAAAGGCACGCUCUACAUUUGACACUAGUGAACUCUGUAAAUCAUUUGGACAUCUAUCAAUUGAUUACGAACAAGUCCAGACGAAAGUAAACGCUAAAUAUGACCAGUGGCAACACGAAAUAGUGACAAAAUUCGCUGUGCGUUUGGGACAAAGGAUAAGGGAGAUACAUUCAGAACUUGAGAAAGCGCGAAAGGACUUGGAGAUACAAUCUCUGGAAGCUACGUCUACUGCUCAAGCUGUAAAGUUCAUAACUAUUGUUCAAUCUUGUAAAUCUAAAUCUAAGUCCUGGGAACCGGAAGUCAUUAUCUUCCGCCAAGGUCAAACUACACUGUCACGUCAACGUUAUCAGUUUCCUAAUGAUUGGCUGAGUGUCGAGCAAGUUGAUUCUGAGUGGGCAGCCCUCAAUGAAAUACUGGCCAGGAAGGCCAAGGUUGUCCAAGAUCAAACUGAUGCCCUGCGUGCCAAGAUAAUAGCCGAAGAUAAAGUCGUAAAUGAUAAGAUAAUUGAAAUAACUGAGAGAUGGAAUAAAGAAAAGCCCGUGUCCGGUACAAUAUCUCCUCAGGUGGCAUCAUCGACUCUUAUGGAAUUUGAAAGGCAAAUAACUAGAUUGGACGAAGAAGCAGCGAUGGUAUCAAGGGCAAAGGAAGCUCUCGAUCUUCACCUGAGCUCUAGUUUAUCAUUAGAAACUAUGCUUGAAGAGGUGCAAGAUUUCAAAUCAGUUUGGGCAGCUCUAUCAACAAUUUGGAAGAGCCUAAACGAUCUUCGAGAGACAUUAUGGAACAGCGUACAGCCACGGAAAAUCAGAUCUGCCGUUGACAAUCUUAUCAAAAUGACUAAAGAAAUGCCGAGCCGUAUGCGACAGUAUGCUGCUUUUGAGCAUAUCCAAAACGUCCUGCGACAACAUCUCAAGGUUAAUACCAUAAUUUCUGAUCUUAAAUCCGAAGCAAUUAGGGAUCGCCAUUGGAAAAAAAUUUAUAAAUCGCUUAUGCCUGAAAAGCGGUAUUCCCCAGUUUCGAUGACACUUGGUGAUGUAUGGGACUUAAAGCUUGCAUCCACUGAGGUCAUUAUUCGUGAUAUUAUAGUUCAAGCUCAAGGUGAAAUGGCACUUGAAGAAUUUUUGAAGCAAGUUCGCGAAGUUUGGACAAAUUAUUCACUAGAUUUAGUCAAUUAUCAAAAUAAAUGUCGCCUUAUUCGUGGAUGGGAUGAUCUCUUUGCGAAAUGUAGCGAAAAUCUCAAUUCCCUUCAAGCCAUGAGGCAUUCCCCUUAUUACAAGGAAUUCGAAGAAGAGGCUUCAUCUUGGGAAGAUAAACUGAACCGGGUUCAUGUUCUAUUUGAUGUUUGGAUUGAUGUGCAGCGGCAGUGGGUCUACCUUGAGGGUGUAUUCACUGGUAACGCCGACAUCAAGCAUUUGCUGCCAAUCGAGUCAUCACGGUUUCAAAAUAUAAAUUCGGAAUUCUUCACUGUCAUGAAAAAGGUGUACAAGCAACCGUUUGUACUCGAUGUCCUUAAUAUUUCAGGGGUACAGAAAUCUUUGGAAAGGCUGGCAGAAUUACUAAAUAAGAUCCAAAAAGCACUUGGAGAAUACCUUGAACGGGAACGUGUGUUAUUUCCAAGAUUUUAUUUUGUCGGAGAUGAGGAUCUACUCGAAAUUAUCGGCAACUGUAAUGACGUACUCCGGAUUGCUAAGCAUUUCAAAAAAAUGUUUGCAGGCCUUUCUGGCCUUGUCAUGGGGGAAGACAAUAUAAUUACUGGAUUUACAUCAAAGGAAGGUGAAGAGGUCAAACUUAGGAAACCCAUCUCUCUAGUAAAAGUGCCAAAAAUUAAUGAUUGGUUAGCGCUUCUUGAAAGUAGUAUGAAGUCCACUCUCGCAGAACUCUUGGCAGAAGCUAUCGAGUAUUAUCAGCCAAUAUUUACUUCCGAAGAUGUGAAACAGUCCAAUUUUACAGAAUAUAUCGAAACUUUUCCCAGUCAAAUUGUUGUCCUUGCCACGCAAGCCGUGUGGACCCUUGAAGUAGAGAAGGCCCUUGAAUCGGGAGGUACUAUGCUAAAAGCUCUCUAUGAUCAGGAAGUUAAAGUUCUUCGAUUGCUGGCAGCAACUGUUCUCACUGAUCUCAGUCCUACACAAAGAAAGAGGUGCGAACAUUUGAUCACUGAGUGUGUUCACCAGCGAGAUAUAAUUGGAAAGUUAAUCGAGUCGAAAGCUAGUACACCAAACCAUCACUUAUGGUUACUUCAAAUGAGAUAUGUCUACAGUGCGGAAGGAGAUUAUCAAAAUCGUUUAUACGUCAAAAUGGCAAAUGCAAAACUCAUAUAUGGUUUUGAAUACCUCGGGGUUGUUGAACGUCUAGUCAGAACCCCUUUGACUGAUCGUUGCUUCUUGACCCUUACCCAGGCAUUAUGUCAGCGUCUUGGCGGCUCUCCCUAUGGUCCAGCAGGGACGGGAAAAACAGAGUCAGUUAAGGCUUUGGGAGUAGAACUUGGUAGAUUUACCUUGGUAUUCUGCUGCGAUGAUACUUUUGAUUUUCAAUCAAUGGGACGCAUAUUUUUGGGUAUUUGCCAGGUUGGUGCAUGGGGCUGCUUCGAUGAAUUUAACCGCCUUGAGGAACGAAUUUUAUCUGCUGUGUCGCAACAAAUCCAGAAUAUUCAAGUUGGGCUUAAGCUGGGAAUAGAGGACUCAAAGUCCCAGAUCGAACUUGUCGGACGACAGCUGAGUGUUAACUCAAAUACGGGAAUAUUUAUAACCAUGAAUCCAGGGUAUGCGGGCCGCUCCAACCUUCCAGACAACUUGAAAAAGUUAUUCCGUAGUGUGGCCAUGUCAAAACCAGACAAAGAACUUAUUGCUGAAGUAAUGCUAUACUCGCAAGGAUUUAAUCAAGCCAAGAACUUAUCCAGGCAGACGGUCCCCUUUUUUGAAAAAUGCUCAUCCUCACUAUCAAAACAAGCCCAUUAUGAUUUCGGGCUUCGAGCUUUAAAAAGUGUGCUCGUGAGCUCGGGCAGUCUUAAGCGUUCUCGGCUUAGUAACAACGGAACCACUACUGAUGACCUAGAGGAAAUUGUUGAACCGCAAAUAAUUGUUCAGAGCAUUCGAGAAACUAUCGCACCCAAGCUAAUUAAAAGUGAUGUAGAAAUCAUGAAAGUUAUUGAAGCAGAGUUAUUUCCUGGAGUCAGUUACGUUCCUGCCAGCCUUGAUAAAUUGAGAAAGACUAUCCGCACUAUAGCUGGAGACAAGCACUUGAUUGUCAACGAAACUUGGAUGACAAAAAUCCUACAACUCUACCAAAUUCAGAUUAUUCAUCAUGGGGUUAUGAUGGUUGGAAAUUCAGGAUCAGGGAAAUCUGUAGCCUGGAAAAUUCUCCUUCAAGCCCUCCAAAUAGUUGAGGGUGUCGAGGGCGUAUGUCACAUUAUUGACCCAAAAGUUAUGUCAAAAGAAGCUUUAUACGGUAACCUAGAUUCCACAACACGUGAAUGGACUGACGGUCUAUUUACAAGCAUUCUUCGUAAGAUUGUUGAUAACCUCCGUGGUGAAGAAUCUAGGCGGCACUGGAUUGUAUUUGAUGGUGAUGUAGAUCCAGAAUGGGUUGAAAACUUAAACAGUGUGCUUGACGAUAACAAACUUUUGACAUUACCUAACGGAGAGCGUCUCAAUCUUCCUUCUAAUGUACGGAUAAUGUUUGAGGUUGAAACUUUAAAGUACGCGACUUUAGCCACUGUCAGUCGUUGUGGUAUGGUAUGGUUUAGUGAAGAUACCAUAACCCCAAGCAUGUUGAUUGCUAACUACCUCGAUGGUCUUCGAUCUGUGGCAUUUGAAGAUCUUGAUGAAGAUACAGUCGCAACAGGUCAAACAGUUGCUAAAGCACUGGCAAUACAGGACCAAGUUGCUGAAUUAUUAAAUAUUUUUCUUACGACAGAUGAUUUUAUCUCUAAUGCUAUAACUCAUGUUGAGAGAUUUCCUCAUAUUAUGGAAUUUACUGUCUCUCGUGCCCUCAACACACUCUUCUCACUUCUCAACAAAUCUGUCCGCGAUAUGAUCGAUUAUAAUUCUCAACAUGUUAAUUUUCCCCUUGAUCCUGAUCAGAUUGAGUCAUUCAUUGCAAAAAAACUUCUUCUUGCGCUCGUAUGGUCUCUGGCAGGUGAUUGCUCUUUGAAUGACCGGAAAGUUUUUGGUGACUACCUCGCUAGUUUCUCGACAUUUGGAUCGUUUGUUAUCGAAAAAGAUUUUUCCCUAAUAGACUACGAUGUCACGCUACCAAAAGCUAAAUGGUCAUUGUGGCACAAUCAAGUUCCGAAAAUGGAUGUCAACACUCAUUCAAUCACACAAACUGAUGUUGUAAUCCCGACACUCGAUACCGUGAGACACGAAGAUGUGCUAUAUUCAUGGCUAGCCGAACAUAAACCUCUUCUACUUUGUGGACCUCCUGGGUCUGGGAAAACGAUGACUUUAUUCAGUGCUCUUCGAAAAUUGCCAAAUAUGGAAGUCGUUGGUCUUAAUUUCUCUAGUGCAACGACGCCAGAUUUGUUAAUCAAGACGCUCGAUCAAUACUGUGAGUACAAAAAGACCCUUAACGGGGUAAUCCUCUCUCCGACACAGAUAGGAAGAUGGCUUGUUCUAUUUUGUGAUGAAAUAAAUCUUCCAGCACCUGACAAGUAUGGAACGCAAAGGGCGAUUUCUUUCCUACGUCAACUCGUCGACCAAAAUGGAUUCUGGAGGACAUCAGAUAAGUCAUGGGUCACUUUGAACCGAAUCCAGUUUGUCGGUGCUUGUAAUCCACCAACUGAUGCUGGACGGACCCCUCUUGGUGCCCGGUUUUUACGUCAUGCCCCACUUGUAAUGGUCGACUAUCCAGGUGAUCAUUCUCUUCGACAGAUUUAUGGCACAUUUACUAGUGCAGUACUCAAAAUAAUUCCUUCUUUGAGAGGUCACUCAGAGGCUGUAACCAAGGCUAUGGUUCAAUUUUAUUUAGAAUCUCAGCUACGAUUCACACCAAAAAUCCAGCCACAUUAUGUUUACAGUCCACGUGAGCUGACGAGAUGGGUGAGAGGUAUAUAUGAAGCAAUCAGACCUUUAGAAACUCUCACAUUAGAAGGCCUCGUUCGGAUCUGGGCUCAUGAAGCACUUCGCUUGUUUCAAGAUCGUCUCGUCGCAGAGGAUGAACGACAAUGGACAAAUGACGCUGUCCGUCGUAUUGCUCUCGAACAUUUUCCAUCCAUCAAUGAAAGUGAAGUAUUUACGGGUCCUAUUCUAUUUUCAAAUUGGAUUUCUAAAAAUUAUGUUCCUGUUGAUCGCGAAAAAUUGCGGGAAUUCGUCAAGGCAAGGCUAAAGACUUUUUGCGAGGAAGAGGUUGACGUUUCCUUGAUAUUAUUUAAUGAUGUUCUAGAGCAUGUACUACGUAUUGAUCGUGUCUUUAGGCAGCCGCAAGGCCAUCUCAUCCUCAUUGGAGUAAGUGGUAGCGGUAAAACAACAUUAUCUCGAUUUGUUGCGUGGAUGAAUGGUCUUAAGGUAUUCCAAAUAAAGGUACAUGGCAAAUACUCUGCAGAAGAUUUUGACGAUGAUCUCCGAGACGUUCUUCGUCGCUGUGGCUGCAAAGGGGAAAAGAUAUGUUUUAUUAUGGAUGAAUCUAACGUAUUGGAUUCUGGAUUUCUGGAAAGAAUGAACACUCUACUCGCAAAUGCAGAGGUCCCAGGUCUCUUUGAGGGUGAUGAGUUCGCUACUUUGAUGACGGCAUGCAAAGAAGGGGCUCAGCAUCAGGGCCUCCUACUCGACUCACAAGAAGAAUUAUACAAGUGGUUCACGCAACAGAUUGUCAAAAACCUACACGUAGUUUUUACUAUGAAUCCGCCGGAAGAUGGGCUCUCGUCUAAAGCUGCAACUAGUCCUGCUCUUUUCAAUCGUUGCGUGCUGAAUUGGUUCGGUGAAUGGUCAGACCAAGCGCUUUUCCAAGUCGGUAUGGAAUUGACAUACUCUAUUGAUCUCGAUAAAGCCGGAUUCUCUGCUCUCGACAGCAUCCCUGUAGCCUACAGAGACCUCCAGCUUCCAGCUUCUCAUAGAGAAGCCGUUGUUAACUCUAUGGUUUAUAUCCAUUAUUCCUUACAUAGAUUUAAUUUGAAGUUACUAAAGCAACAAGGUCGGGUCACCUAUCUUACCCCCCGACAUUUUCUGGAUUUUGUCGCUCAGUAUGUCAAACUUUACAACGAAAAGCGUGAAGAUCUGGAGGAACAGCAACGUCACCUUAACGUCGGGCUCGAAAAAUUACGGGACACUGUAGAUAAAGUCCGCGAUCUCAGAGUGAGUUUGGCCGAGAAAAAGACACAGUUGGAGCAGAAGAAUACCGAGGCCAACGAGAAACUCCAGCGUAUGAUAGCAGACCAAAGAGAAGCUGAGUCACGGAAGACGACUUCUCUAGAGAUUCAGGCUGCCCUAGAAAAACAGGAGACCGAGGUAGCAGCACGUCGAGAGAUAGUUUUAAAUGAUCUCGCCAAGGCAGAACCAGCAGUCGAAGAAGCAGCAAAGAGUGUGCAGAAUAUCAAGCGACAACAUUUGACCGAACUUCGCUCCAUGUCCAACCCUCCGCAGGGUGUCAAGCUGGCUUUGGACGCAAUUUGUACUCUACUUGGUCAUAAAGUUGAUAAUUGGAAGGCAGUACAGGCAGUUGUUCGAAAGGAUGACUUUAUAGCCAAUAUUGUACAGUACAAUAACGAAGACAAGAUGACUAGAACCUUACGAACAAAGAUGCGAAACGAAUAUCUCUCCAAUGAAGAUUUUACUUUUGAAAAGGUCAACCGUGCCAGCAAAGCUUGCGGUCCCCUUGUCCAAUGGGUUCAAGCACAGGUUGAAUACUCGGAGAUCCUUGAUCGUAUUGGACCACUAAGAAAUGAAGUUGCCAUGUUGGAAGAACAAGCACUUCAUACAAAAGCGGAAGCCCAAGCAGUGGAGGAUACCAUUAACUACCUUGAAUCGAGUAUCGCGACAUAUAAAGUUGAGUAUGCUGCCUUAAUUAGCCAGACAGAAGCUAUCAAAAAUGAGAUGUCACGUGUCGAAUUUAAAGUCAAUCGCAGUGUUAGAUUACUAGAAAGCCUAUCUUCAGAGAGAAGCCGAUGGGAGGCAAGUAGCAAAUCAUUUGAAACCCAGAUUGGAACGCUUGUUGGUGACGUUUUAGUAGCCGCUGCAUUUUUGGCUUACAGUGGACUUUACGAUCAGCAAUUCCGCAAAAAUAUGAUGGAUGAUUGGCUUAGUCAGUUACAGCUUUCAGGAAUUAGUUAUAAACAACAUAAUCCAGUGACUGAGUAUCUAUCUACCGCCGAUGAGAGGCUUGGAUGGCAAGAAAAUUCGCUUCCAAUUGACGACCUCUGCACUGAGAAUGCUAUCAUAUUAAAACGCUUUAAUCGUUAUCCGUUAAUUAUUGACCCAUCAGGGCGUGUCACUGAUUUUCUCCAAAAAGAAACCAAAGAUGGACGUCUCACGAUUACUAGCUUCUUAGAUGACUCUUUCACAAAGCAACUUGAAAGCUCGCUCCGGUUUGGUAAUCCUAUUCUAAUACAAGAUGCUGAAUAUAUAGACCCAAUCCUGAGUCAUGUUCUCAACAAAGAAUAUCAAAAAACUGGUGGUCGUGUUCUCAUUCAGCUCGGAAAGCAACAAAUUGACUUUUCACCUGCGUUUAAAAUCUAUUUAUCUACGAGAGAUCCUUCUGCAACAUUUACACCAGAUGUUUCCAGUCGUACUACACUGGUAAAUUUCACUGUCACACAAAGCAGUUUACAGACACAGUCCUUGAACGAAGUGCUCAAGUCGGAACGACCUGAUGUCGAUGAGCGAAGGUCUAAUCUUAUUAAGCUUCAAGGCGAAUUCAAAGUUCAUUUGAGACAAUUAGAAAAGAAGCUUCUUCAAGCUUUGAACGAAUCCCGCGGUAAUAUUCUCGACGAUGAUAAUGUUAUCGAGACCCUCGAGACUCUCAAGAAAGAAGCUGCGGAAAUUUCGAUCAAGAUGAAUAAUACUGAAGGUGUUAUGGCAGAAGUAGAAAAAAUAACGUUGGAAUACAGUGUUAUCGCUCGCUCAUGUAGUGCUGUUUUUGCUGUCUUGGAACAACUUCAUUACCUUAAUCAUUUCUAUCAGUUCUCAUUACAAUAUUUCCUUGACAUUUUUCAUUCCGUUUUACAUGAAAACCAGAGGCUCACUGUCGAGUCAAAUCAUAAUGCGCGUCGCGAUAUAAUAAUUGAAGACCUUUUCAUUACAGCUUAUCAUCGGACCUCUCUCGCCCUCCUUCAAAAGGAUAAGAUAACCUUAGCAAUGCUUCUCGCUCAAGCUGCACCAUUUAAAAUGGAUAAAACCUUAAUUGAUAUAAUACUCGACGAAAGUAUAGAAGGUACAGAUGUCUCUACCAGGAUUGAUAAAAGAGAUGAGGUUCUAAAAAGGGCACUCAAAAUUCCCGCGCUCAGAAAUAAAAUUGAGAACGUAUCAUCAAGCGCUUGGGAUCAAUUUUUCACGGAGGAAAUUGGCGAACACUUUACACCAAAAUUGCUGGAACCAACUGCAGAUAAGAGAGAUCAAGAAAUUAUUUCUCUUCUUUUGGUGAAGUUGUUUCGCCUAGACCGCUUUGUGCCAGCUGCCGAAAGCUUUGUAACUAUUGUUUUUGGUACAAGGCUUUUUGAUUCUGCCGAAGAUCUCAAAGAUAUCGUAGAUAGAGUAUCCGCGAAUAGUCCAAUCUCUUUAUGUUCAAGUCCAGGCUUUGAUGCAAGUUACAAAGUUGAAAAUCUGGUGGCUCGCACCAACGCGACCUGCACAAAUAUUGCAAUGGGGUCUAAUGAAGGCUUGACAAGCGCGGAUAAGGCUGUUUCUAAUGCCGCAGCUAAUGGAUCGUGGGUGUUAGUGAAGAAUGUACACCUUGCGCCUACCUGGCUACAGAGUCUUGAAAAGCGUAUGGAUUCACUAAAACCUCAUAAAAACUUCAGGUUAUUUCUUUCGAUGGAAUCCAAUCCUAAAAUUCCUGUAAAUCUCCUCAGGGCUUCGCGGGUCUUAAUGUAUGAACAGCCGGCAGGGGUAAGGGCAAAUAUGAAGGACUCAAUGGUAUCUCUUUCUACUAGAGCCUUGAAAGAUCCUGUGGAAAGAAAUAGACUUUUUCUUCUAUUAUCAUUUCUCCAUGCCGUUGUUCAAGAGAGAUUACGUUAUGCUCCAAGUCUGGGGUGGCAUGGCUUCUGGGAGUUCAACGAUAGUGAUUAUGAGUGCGCUGGAUUCAUUAUAGAUGCCUGGAUUAAUACUGUUGCUGGAGGCCGGACAAAUAUCGCGCCGCAAAAACUUCCUUGGGAUAUAAUUAGAACCCUGGUAACCGAAACGUAUGGUGGAAAGAUUGACAAUGAGACCGACUUUCAACAAUUAACUCAUUUAGUUCAGUCUAUUUUCACGCCUGCUGCAUUUGAGGAGGGUCAUCGAUUAAAUGAUGGAAUAGCUGAUGCCAACGACCCAGAGGGAGAAGCAUUAUCUGUCCCGAUGGGCACAUCAUUUAAAGAAUUUACAGAAUGGGUGCAAAGGCUCCCAGAGCGCGAGCCACCUACAUACCUCGGACUUCCAGCUAAUGCAGAGAAGUUAUUAUUAGUUGACCAAGGUGCCAGCAUGAUCAGAAACUUGGCUAAAAUCACGAAAAUGUUAGACGAAGGGGAGCAACUUAUGGCCGAAGCUGCUUAG